AUGUCCAAUGUCAAUUAUCCAGUUCAAUUACAACAGCAAAUUCCACCACAAUAUCAGCAACCUAUUCAACAGCCUGUUACCUCUGUCUAUUCCCAAAUUGAUCAACACUAUGUUACGCAAGCAAUGACUAUACCACCGCAUGUUCGCCGGUCAGCAUUUGGCUUAGCAAUUGCUUUACUGAUUUUAGGUAUCAUUUCUAUCAUCUUUGGAGGUAUCAGCUUUAUAUUCAGUCGUAGCUUUGUUACCUUAAUUGGAGCGAAUAUUUGGGUUGGACUGAUUUACACAAUCGCUGGUUCUUUAGCUAUUGCACAUCACCAAGUUCCAACCAAUGUUAGCUUGUUACACUCUUUCUACGCAUUCUCCAUCAUUGCCUUUAUCUUCUCCCUACCUCACUUUGGUAUAUCCGUUGCAAGCUUAGUAUAUAGCUACUACGUAUUUAUUCCAUCAGGAAUCAUUUCCACUUGCUUGUCUAUCUCUGGUUUCUCCCUUACAUUGGCUUUCAUUGUUAUCCUCUCAAAGUACAUUUAUUGCGUCAAUCCGGGUGCUACCGUUCCAGGCAGAGUUUAUACCAAUUUCACUUCAGAUCCAGUCCAACCUGCAGGGAUGCCUUACGUAGCCUCACAACAAAUACCAGCUAAUCCUAUUCAGCAAACGCAAGUUGGUAGUCCUGUCAUUUAUCCAGGAGGAACUACUAUGCCAUCUACCGCAAUUAUGAAUCCUCAAUCAACAACUAUGACAAGUGAGAAGGGAAAAGCUUUAAAUUACUUUCCUCGCUAA